UUAAGUCAGUCAAAAAAAAAUUAAAAUGUACAAAAUAUUAACGCUUUUAAUAUAUUUUGUGCGCCUUUCAGUACUUGGAAAUCAUUUUUGUGGUAUGUCAUGUGGAGAUUUGCCCCACGCCUGUUGUAGUUAUCAGAAAUUUGGAUUCGGAGAAAUGUGUAACCCUCCGGUACAAAGAUAUGACAUGAACGAUUCUGAAAGAGAACUUCUGGUCGAAAUGCACAACAUCGUCCGUAAUAAAAUAGCUUCCGGAAAAGAGAAACAUCUUCCAAUGGGUUCCUCCAAUAUGCAAAUCCUUACAUACGAUAAGGAACUGGAAUUUAUUUCCGAAUGUUGGGCGUCGCAAUGUUUAUUAGAUACUCACCAGUGCAUGAAUUCCGUAAGAGGCCGAACCAGCCAUAUCGUAUGGCAAGGAGACGAAAGAAUUUCAAAGAAAGAAACCGGAAAAAGAUAUUUAGCGCAUAGUAUCUUUCAAUUUUUCCUUCACACGAAUCUAUUAAACACGUCAAUUUUUACAAAGUUCACUAAAUCGUCUAUGCCGAACGAAUUAUUGACUGUUACGCAGGUUUUGUGGGCGAACACGAAAUACGUUGGUUGCUCAAGGGUGUCGUUUAACUCCCAAAAACGGAAAAUGAAAACGUACAAUGUCGUUUGCACGUAUUAUCCCGCUGGGAACAUCGAGAACGAACCAGUUUAUCUCGAUGGCGAACCGUGCUCGUCUUGCAAUAAUCAAACCGUUUGCAAUAAGCACUUUACCUCGCUUUGUGGUCAAAUCGAAUGGCAAGUUCAAGCGGAUACGUUCAAAGCUCCAUUUAACGUUAAUAUUGCAACUUUGGUAACAUGCGGGAAAAUUAUUCACUACGCCCUGAUUUAUUUUCUAUUUUGUAUUAUGUAACUAUUAUUUAAUAAAAUAGAUUAGUUUUUUAA